CAUUACGUCGACAGAAGUAGCCGGUCUGCUUCAGGACAAACUUGGACUGGAUGCCACUUAGACCAUGAAAUCAUUAUUUUGAAACAGUAUAUCAUCAUAUAGCAUUUAUUUUGCUACAGAUUAAUAAGUAGGCUAAUUAGAUGUGCAGUUAGGCCGCUACGUGUACUUAGGCCGCUGCGUGUUCUUGGGCCGCUGUGUGAACUAAACGAUUUUUCAUAGCACGACCCCAAGACAAUAAGCCAGAAAAAAAUUGACGGCGGGCCAAGUCCCUCAAGACAAAUUCGAGGCCCGGGCCCGGCACGAUGAAGAUGCUGGAGCGGUCGCACGUCAUCCUCCUGGUGGGGGGAGCGGCGGUGGGGCUCAUCAUCGGGGUCCUGGUGGGCCACGUCGCCACGUCUGGCAACGACGCCGCGGGAGCCGAAAGCUUGGCCUUCACGGCGGACCAGUUCGACCUGGACGAGCGUCAGGGCAGCGGCCGCGGAUCCCGAGAACUUCUCAGGCUCAUCAGCACUGAGAAUAUCGGACAAAACGUACGGGAACUGACGAAGGCCCCCCACGUGGCGGGGGGAGGUCGGGACGAGGAGUUGGUGCGGUGGCUGCAGCGAAAAUUUCUGGACUUCGGCUUCGAUGACGUCAGCGUUCCUGCUAGAGAAUAUCUCUUGUCCCACCCCGACCCCCUCAACCCUAACCUGGUUCGGCUAUAUGACGGCGAUAACGCAACGACAUUCACAUCAUCCUACAAGGAGCUUCCCCUUCACCCCGGCGACGAGCACCCCGAGUUCUCGCACGCCUUCUGCGCCUACACCCCUCGAGGGGACGUGUGGACGGCCGUGGGCGAGGCGGCCGUUUACGUCAACUACGGCAGCCUUGAGGACUUCGCUCGGUUGGCUGAACUAAACGUGACCGUAAAAGGCCGUAUUGCCAUCGUGCGUUACGGCAAACUUUUCCGUGGCAACAAGAUCACGCAUGCCGCUCAGUACGGCGCAAUUGGCGUGAUCCUUUUUUCGGACCCCAGCGACGUGGCGAGGGAAGGACAAAAACCUGAAGAUGUUUACCCUUACACCCACUGGCUGCCAGAUGGCCCCGCUGCUCCCCAGGAGUGGCAGGGGGGCCUCGAGGGCCUCGUAUACCGCCUAGGCCCCACCAUGAGGCCAGAGUUUGCCACUCAUCGCCUGCGCCUCACCAGCAACAACAACGAAGUCGUCGUCAAGUCCAGCAACGUCAUCGCCACCCUCAAGGGGGGCGUCGAGCCUG